AUGAAUGAUGCUCAGGUGGUCUGCAGACAGCUGGGCUGUGGUAUAGCCAUUGCUGCCCCUCAUUCUGCCUACUUUGGAAAAGGAACUGACAAAAUCUGGGUUGAUAAUGUUAUCUGUACAGGGAGUGAAACGUACCUGACCCAGUGCUCAUUAAGUGGAUUUCAAUCACACAACCUUAGUCACAGUCAGGUUGCAAGUGUCAUCUGUUCGGCUGGCCAAAUAAGGUUAGUUGGACCAAACAGGUGUUCUGGAAGAGUUGAGAUCUACUACAACAGAUCCUGGGUUGCAGUCUGUAAUGGGAGCAAAGACUUAAAUGUAGCCAGAACAAUCUGCAGGCAACUACGCUGUGGUACGGCUCUAGGUCUCCAUCACUUUGGAGAGGGAGCCGGGCAAACCUGGGUGGAUGAUUUGGCAUGUACAGGAAACGAAAGACAUAUCUCAGAGUGUUUGAAACCUGGAUCUGUGAGACAGGACUGUGCACACAGUGAGGAUGUUGGUGUCAUCUGUUCAGGCCUAAUAAAGCCCACCAUCACCAUAAACCCUCAAAGUGACAUCACCCUGGGUCAGAAUAUCAGCAUCGCUUGUUUGGUCCCUAACGGACAAGUUGGAGGAACAUUCAUCUUUAAAUGGACCUCAGAUGAAUCUAGUCUGACUGUUGAGUCAAACAGCAGCUCUGCUACUUUUUAUAUCCCUCAAAUUGGUUUUGAGCAUGAGGGAUCAUAUCAAUGUCAGUUUCGAAUAAGGGUUUCUGAUGAAGACUUCAUCACAGAUUUUAGUAAUUCUGUUCAGCUAAAUUUAAAUGCAAUUCUUCCAAAACCCAGCAUUACCAUUGAACCUGCAGGUGUGAUUACGUUUGGUGAACUUGUCACUAUCACUUGCUCAAUCUCAACUCAGUUGUUGAAUGGAUCAUUCACUCUGCAGAGAAGGCCAAACAACGGUAAUUUUUACAAUAUGAAGAGUCAGUCGUCAAGCACCAAUUCUUCCAUAUUCAGAUUUCUUGAAGUCACCUCUGAUCAUGAGGGAUAUUACAACUGUUAUUAUACAAAAGCAGUAAUAAUUCGAACUCUAACAUCACCUGUAAGUGAUACUCUUCCACUUUCUAUCACUGAUACCUAAGGUCAUGUACAUAAACAUGGGUUUGUGAAUUUUUACUUAUUUUGCUUAUUCUUUAAAGUUAAUCCCUUUCUUUAAUCCAUCUUCAUUUCCUCUCCUGUGAAAUACCAAUGUCACAUCAUCACACUUUUUUGCAGCCCUGAAAGAAAGGGAUUUUUAUAAUCAUACACAUCACAGCCGCUCGUAUAUAUAUAUGUGGGGAAUUAAUCUCAAAAGGAUCAUGUUUGGAUGAUCCUGUAUGUUUUAAGCAGUUCUUUAAUAUAUGUUUUCUAUAUAUGUAACAACUCUGUGGGGUCUUUAAGGCUGGUAAAAAAUAUCUUAAUAAAUGAAAUCUGUUGUGUGAGUAACUUGAUGUGAAUGGAAAAAAACACUGAUACAGUGAAAACACCUAUGUCAGGAUGAAGAAUGUAGAUUUGAAAUUCUUUUCAUUUUCCUUUUAGAUAAAAACAAAUUUUUUGUUUUCCUUUUUUCUCUUUGCAAGCUCUCUUUUUUUCCCUCUUUAGGGUCUCUCCUUCAGUUUUUCCAGCAAAGGUUACUACUAUGACCUCUGUUUUUGUUUUAUUCUCAGAAUUCUACACAACGAAACAAA